AUUACCGUUCAUUAUUGUAAUUUGAACUAUGUGCAAUAUGUAUGUAGCUGUAGCGCUGCCAUCAGCUGCCGAGCGCUGUUACUCUGGAGGAAAGGGGUACCACGUCGGAGAUGACUUCAUUGGAGAGGACGGUUGUAGCAUAUGCAUAUGUACAACACACGGGAGCGACUGCAACGAAGAACCGUGCAUCGAUCCUCCACAUCCGACCGAGCCGCGCCUUCUACCCGUAUGUGAGUAUAACGGGCGUGAAUACCAACCCGGGCAGACGUUUCCUCCAGAAGAUGGUUGUGGUCAAUGUGAAUGCGUAGAAGCCAGGGGACAAGUCCGUGUUGCAUGCACAGAUAACAAUUGUGCUCCCAGACAAUGUGCAUUCCGAAGUAGACUAUAUCGACUAGGUCAAGAGUUCGAAAUUGAAGAGGGGUGUAUCAAAUGCCAGUGUCUGAUGAGUGAUGAAAAUCAACCAACUGUGACUUGUGGAAAAAACCGAUGCGCAAUUUCAACGACCAAUAAGCCAAAAUUCUGUAGAUAUAACUACCGAAACUUCGAAGUUGGCGAUAGAUUCCCCGCCGAAGAUGGUUGCAAUGAAUGUACAUGUGAGGGGAAUGAGCACCAUGGUCCGUCUGUUCAUUGCACAGAAAUGGCUUGUAUGAAGACCACGCGCCGAACGCAUGAAAUUCCUUUAUGUAGGUACAAUGACCAAGUUUAUAAAGUUGGAGAAAGAUUCCCCGCCGAAGAUGGUUGCAAUAAGUGUAUAUGCGAAGCAAAUGAGCACAAUCGACCAUCUGUAAGUUGUACAGAAAUUGAUUGUAUGAAGACCACACGACGACCUCCCGUAUGUAUGUAUAACGACAACGUUUACGAAGUUGGAGACAGCUUCCCUGCUGA